AUGAGCAGAAGAUACGACAACCGAACCACUACCUUCUCUCCCGAAGGUAGAUUGUAUCAAGUGGAAUAUGCCAUGGAAGCCAUCAGCCAUGCAGGAGCUGCUCUCGGUAUCGUUGCUACGAAUGGUAUCGUGUUGGCUGCUGAAAAGAAAAUUACUUCCAAGCUUCUUGAUAAUGAAAGAAAAACGGAAAAGAUGUACCGAUUGGAUAAUCAUAUCGGAUGUGCUGUUGCUGGUAUUACAGCUGAUGCCAAUAUUUUGAUCAACUCGGCUCGUCUUCAUGCUCAACGUUAUCAAUUCAUGUAUCAGGAACCAAUGCCUGUUGAGCAACUUGUAAAAACACUCUGCGAUUCGAAACAAAGUUACACUCAAUUUGGUGGUAUGAGACCUUUUGGUGUCAGUUUUCUGUAUGCUGGUUGGGAUAAACAAUACGGAUAUCAAUUAUAUCAUUCUGAUCCUUCUGGAAAUUAUGGUGGAUGGAAAGCCACAGCAAUCGGAGCCAAUAAUCAAGGUGCUCAAUCCAUCUUGAAACAAGAAUGGAAAGACGAUUUAACAAUUGAAGGUGCUAAAAAAUUGGCUGUCAAGGUCAUGACCAAGACUAUGGAUAGUACAAGUUUGUCAAGUGAAAAGCUUGAAUUUGUUACAUUCACCAGAGAUGAAUCGGGUCAAGUGGUUUAUACCAUACUUCCAGAUAAAGAAGUAGAUCAAUAUUUGAAGGAAGCUCAAGAAGAGAAGGAGAGAGAACAACAACAACAAGCACAAAAGCAAAAUAUUUAA